GUCCACAUACACCAAAGUGUUUGUCUGCCUGCACGUGUGGCUGGCGUGCCAGAAGGCAUCGAUCGGUCACGGUCUGUCUGUACAAACAAGAUUGCAGGCAGGAUGGGCCACGCAAUCAAUACGAUAGAUACCUGAAGGAUGCUGUCUGUACACGCGACAGCAGACCGACUGGCUGACAGCACGACUACGCAAAGCAUACACACAUAUUGACAGACAGACACUGCGCGAAUGAAUGCCGCUCACCCCACGACGCGCUACUUACUUAUCGCUGCGCUACGCUACGCUACGCUACGCUACGUCCCUUAAACUCCCGCCAACACACAUACACUGCCUGCCCAAGCAGCGCCAUCCCAGCUAGCUGGAUAGAAGGAGCGGCUUCACGGUAAUGAAGCAGACACACCACGACACUUCCUUCGUGCACUUCACUCCACCCACCCACGAUCAGCAUUAGAUACCAGAAAACAGCGCAAUCAAGACGACAUAUCUGCACUCUUCACCAGCUGGGCAGAACAACCACAGGGCACACAAGUCAGUCAGUCAUUGCGUCGAUCAGCCAGGUCAGUGUGGCAGGGGUGCGGCCUUGGCGAGGGAGGUGAUGUAAAGCCACGCAAAACCCAAGACACGACGCCACUCCGCCCUGCUGUAGUGCUCACUCAUCACCUCGCCACCAGAGGCCUGCAUAUCACCCACACGCAGCCAGAGAGAGGCACUGACAGUGCUUCUGGAUGCCGGGCGGGGUGUGCGCACCGCACCUGGGUCAUGGCGAAGUCAGCGUUAGGACAAAACGCGCCAUGGAGGCCGUGGGGGACGAACGAGGGCAGCGGCAGCCGCGCGAUGGGGCCACUCGAGGUGAACUGGGCAUCGAACAACACCACCUGGACACACAGACACGGAUCCGUGAGGUCAAUCAAACGGGAAAGCGCAGGUCAGGUAUGGUCUAUAUCGUAUCUCACCUCUGAUGUCAUGUUCUUGCCGUUGAAGAGCAGCGACAGCAGGUAGCCCUCAUCUUCUUCCUCGCCAUGGCCAUAUCCACUACCUUGGCCCUGCUCCCUCCCACCCCGUCCCCUCUCCACCAGCCGUCUGUGUGUCAGUGUGGGGACAGCCGGCGACACAGAGGCAGAGUAGAACAGCCCCGACGAUCGCCGCCCAUUCCUCCUCGCCCCCGCCUUGAGUAAUGGCGGCUGCGUGGCGCUGGAUGGAGGCGGGUCAGAAGAAUGGUAGGGAUGCGUCUCUCGCGGGCUAGUCUUUCUCGGUAUGAAGCAAGGCUCGCCGCAGAACUCAUGGGCAUCGGGGAACCAGUAGGACGCUUCCUUGGUCUCCACAUCGAGCUUGAGGAUCCCCUGCAGCGGCGCACUCUCACUCGGGUCGCCCCCAGCCAGGCCGUAGACAUACCGAUAUCUCUGCCCAACGUUGGCCGGAUUGAUGACGGGGAACUCGGUGAAGCGCUUCAGCAGGGGCCGCUUGUCGUAUGCGAGCGGCCGGCCGCUGCCGCUCGUGGUGAUGCGGUACCGGAAGAGCUCGAUCUUGGGAAUCUUCUUCUCGACUUGGUCGAAGAGCCAGAUAGGGGUGUGUUUGGGGAUGGGGUGCGGGUUGCUGGCCGUCCGGAGGGUCAGGUCGAAGGUGUAGCGCUCAGAGCGGUCGAUAUCGAUCACCAGGUUACCUGAUGAAACACGGAAUGACGCACACGGGUGCGCGUGCGGGGAUCGUGUCGCGUCGUGUCGUGUCGUGUUGUGUGGCUGACCAUUCUCUUCCUCGUAUGCGUUGGCAAAGUGGAAAAUGAAGAACGGGUCCAGGUCAACACACCUGAUGCCGUCAGCCCUUUCCCUCCUCUUGCCCUUGGCCAUCCACACGCCCAGCGCCAUCCACACACACGACGCCCACCCGAGCCACCUCCUGCCGCCUGUGGUGGUGUGCGGCUGCCGCUGCUGCUCCCUGUUUCUGGGCACGAUGUAGAGGCGUGCCGGUCUGUCGGGAUGGAAUGAGAGUGCCUGUCCGAUGCCGCACUUGCCGAGCAGCCAGGGGAGGGGGUGCAGCGACAACGGCGGCUGGAUGAACAAAUAGUAACUGACACACAGACAGAGAGAGAAGAUUGGAACGUGUGAUGUCGGUCGCUAGGUGUGUGUCAUGUCAUAUAUACUUGUCUGUGAUUGCGAAGUCGUGCAGGAAUGCCAGGCCGGGCAUGCGGAAGGACCGCUGCUUCAGCAGCUUGAAGGACGGAUCAAACUCCCACACAGACACCUGCAUACAGGCAGCACAAGGCGCACACAUUCUGGUGUGACCACGCCCCCCGGUACGGUCGGGUUACCUUUGAGCUGACAGGCCGUAUCUGGCAGCCAAAGGCCACCAGACAAUUGGUCUUGGGAUCGAUCUUGUAGUGUGCCGCCAUCACCCCGCCCCUCUUGAGCAGACCGUUCAGGCUGCUUUCACGCAGAGUGGACAGAGAGAUCGGGUCCAGCGCAUAGGGGCGGCCCUGCUCCCUGCACACAUGAAUGAAUGGAUGGGUGCACACGUGUGUGUCUGUAGGCUUAUGUGGUGUGUAUCGGCUGGCUUGGCGUGGUGGUGGGUACCAGAGUGCGAGCAGUUUUCUGUUCCACCAGAGGACGCCUGUAUUGGCCACAUUCUUGACGCGAAGAUCGAGGAAACUCCGCAGCCAGCCGCCCCUCUUGGCCGUCCCAAACACACCCCUGCGUCACAUCACACGCGGCCAUCCACGUAAACACACAUAGGUUCCUUGUGUGUCUUGCGUGCUGCCGCACCUGAAGCAGAUGCGCCCCUCCUUCUGCUCCUUGACAUAUCCUUUGGUCUUGACAUACUGGCUGCGGAAGUAGGCCCGUCCGUUGCUGAAAGUGAUGGCAGCCACCAUCCCAUCGCCAUCGAAGGGAUGCAGCACCAGAUCCUCGCCUAUUUGGAACUUGCCGUGCCCGUUACGAAAGUAUGUGCCCUGACGAACGAUUGCACACAAACACACACGCAAAGGCAGGCCAUCCAUCCAUCGGCGAUUGAAUGUCGGUCGGCUGCUUGACCGUGUCAGUGUUGGCGUACCUUGAUGUCAGCUGGGACAGUGCCAUUUAGCUGACAGGGCGACACCUCCCGUGCAUUCACAAACCCACGACGAUACGCAUCCAUGUCGUAGCGAUAGAUCUGCCCUCCUCCCUCGCCAUCCUUGCUCCAAGACUGCCGCAGUCGCCGCAAGAUGCCGACCGGCUGAGUGCUUGCAGCCACUGGCGGGCGGGAGAUUGCGGUCGCUGACGCUCUCCAGAGCAUGCUGUCGCCUUUCCGUCGCGUGUGCGAGCGGUGGCUGGCGCAUGGUGGGCGCACGAAGAGGGGACGGCGAAGAGGAG